AUGGUGGAGUGGGAUCAACCCUUAGACGAAAAGGACCAGACAAAUUGGGAACAAUGGUUAACAAGAUUAUCCGGACUGGGUGAGAUACGGAUUCCGCGCCGACUCAGCCGGAGUAGUCAAGCGACGGAAACCGAACUGCACCUAUUCUCGGGCGCGUCCGAGACGGGAUACAGAGCAGAAGUCGAUGUAUGCUGGCUGCAUAUGAACGGUGAGCGCAAGACGGAAUUACGUUUUGCUAAAGCGCGGGUCGCCCCAUUUAAACGAGCUUCGAUACCCCGCCUCGAACUUACCGCGGCCGUGCUAGUUCUCCAAGGCCCGACAUCUGUGACCGCCACGCUAGAGGACGAGAGUAAAGUGCUUGCACCCGCCGCACCCGCUGAGUUGAUCAAAGCCGAGAGAGCGGGUUUGAGCGGGUGGGUGGCUGUUCGCGGAGAUGGGAGUGGACUACUUCGGGCCAUUGGCAAUGGAGUAUGGGCGAUCGAUCGCGAAGUGGAACAGGUGCCUAUUUACCUGCAUGCAGUCUCGCGCGGCACGCCAGAAAAGGAUACUCAGGGAAAAAAAAUUCGAGUAGGCGACGUAGUGCUGCUUGCGGAUGAACAAUUAUGGCGAGUCAUUGAAGAAUGCCUCCUGCAUGAGAACGGGCAUGUACGUGAAGUUAAAGUGAAGACGGCAACUGGCGANACCUGGAGGGAGAAGAAGCAGAAAAGACCGGGGAGCAAGGUUGCUGAGGACUCCUCCGGGUUAAGGAAGGAGGCACUGUGA